UCCAGGAAAGCGCAACAGACACCGUCGUAGAUGCCGUCGCCGCCGCCGUCGUCGUCGUCGUCAACGACGUCGGAUUGUAUAUCUACAUUUUAUCAGUCAGCCAGCCAGCAGCAGCAUUCCGACUCCGACCGACCCUCUCCCGUGUCGUGUCCGUGUGUUGGAAACUGGAGCAACCGGGUUCAGCAGGUCUCUAUGGGUGUGGGUGGGGAACGGGUGUGAUGGAAGGCGGACAGACAGCGACCCGCCGCCGCAGAAUAAUUCCAAGAUCACUGCUGCUGCUGCAGCUCAGUUAUCAUCGAAUGCUUGAACCGGUCGGUUCGGUUUCUCUGGGUCCGCGCCUGGUGUCUUGUCGCUUCCGCUUCGGUGCUUGUGCUUCCUUCUCCGGGGUUCGGUGUCUGGAAGGACGUGUGACGACAAGGAUUAUUAAGAUUUGGAGCAGAUAAUUGAACUUUGAUCCGGAGUGGGGCGGUGGAGAAGAACCGCUGUUUUUUUUUUCCUUCUUGGAUUGAUGACACUGGCUGUUGACGAAUACGCCGACACACACCGCAGGGAGCCUUUCGAGUGCUGGGAGAUUGAUUUUGUUGUCGGGAGGAUUAACGGAAUCAUCCCCCACUUGGCGAGGGCUGGCCGAUAGUGCGCGAAUUUGGUUGAAGUGCUCCCUCACUCGGUGGAUGAUAUGUACGUGACACGGCACCUGCGGGAUGGCGAAUAACCCGCGUGGGGAGCAAAGUGGAAGUGGCAUGUCUGAUGGGAUGAGCAUAAUGAAUUGAAGAAGCGUGCUAAACGACAAGUGUUGAAAAGUGAGCGAUUCGUGAAGAAAAUCCGUGAACCGUUUAUGGUCUGUGCAAGCGAAAAUUCGGACAAGCACGUCCGGUUAUUCAAAAUGGGUCGUUCAGGAGUGGUUGCAAAUUCGGCUGAGAAUGGCUUGGAAAACGAAACACCAGAAUAAAUUUGAAAAUCGCUUGACGCGCGCGAAUGGCAAUUCGCAGCUGGAAAGAAAUCUCAUCGCCCGAGCAGUGAAAUAAAUUAGAAAAAUGUGAACACAGAUUUAUCGCUAAUGAAAAACAGUGUUCUUAUCACUAUUUAUAAGAGCUGCGCUGCUGCAGCACAGAAGCACCGGAAGAACAGUAAUAAAAGCAAAAUUGGCUCCUCGUUGGCUACGUGGUGGUCGAGGCGACCGCGGCUUUGAAACAACAUCGGUGCAAAGUGCAUCCUGGCAAUCCUUUUCCUCGAAAGGAGAGAAUAAAAAAAACGUGAAGAGAAAAGUGCAUCAAAAGAGGUUGUUCCAGUUGGUCAGUAGUGGAAGCAAAAUCGAUUACGUACAAAGGCGGCAAGACCCGAUCGGUCGUCGGAAGUGGAAAAUUGUUGCAACGUCCCGUUUGAACGUCGUUUUUCCGCGCAACUUAUUACUGAGAGUGGUGGGGUAAGGGAAAAUGUGUUAAGUCCAUCGUUGUUGUUGGGUGACGAAGCACGAUGGUUACUUGAAGAAGAAAAAAAAAAGUUGGACGGAAUACUCAAUUUCGGCGACACGACGAGUGAAAUUCAGCUGGCAGCUUGCCGUCCGCGCCUCCUCACCCGCUCGCAUCCACCACCGACCGGGGGAAAUGCUUUCCCCGCAGCUCGGCUAAUAGCCUAUAAACGUGCAAAUAUUGAACAACCUCAAAGCGACAUCGGGCAGCAACGGUCUGUCUGAUGAAGCCAACAGCAGUGAUAAUGUUCUGUAUGUGUCAUCUACUACAACUACCGUCAACACUAUCUUCAUCGUCGUCGUCUUCCAUCAACAUCGCUGCCGUCUUCGUCAUCGUCAACAUCUCCACCAGCAGUUGGGUUGAGGCGUUGUUGGAGCACGGUUCCGGCACUGGGGCUCCAAUCCAAGUGUCACCUCAUUGAAAAGCACUUCACCGCGGGAACGGAAAACCGGUGCCAACCGUCGACGGGACAGAAUCGCCGAGUCACAGAAUGACUUUUCACAACUUUGACGACUGGACAAACGCCACCGCCACCACCACCAUCCUCACAGCGCUUCUGACAACAUCUCUGGGGGCGACGUCGUCGUCGUGGUCGGAACUGGGUGUAGCGAGCCCGUCGACUGCCACAUCCACCGUCUCGCUGGACAGCGGCGGAUGGUGGUUUGACUACGGAAAUGGAAGCACCACGCUCCUGGAGGCAGGGGGCAUUGGUGCGAGGUGGCCAUUUUCCGGUGAGAACUAUUCGACCCACGGUAAUCAUGGGCUCAGCGCAGAGGAGGGACCAUACGACCGGUGCGAUCCGAGGAACGAAAACUUUCAGUGUACCGUGCAGGAGUUUCUCGAGUACGCCCGAGGACCUCAGCAGAUGCCGCUGUCGACUGCACUGCUGGUGACCAUUCUCUUCACGGGUAUCCUCAUUACCGGCGUCGUGGGCAACCUGAUUGUGUGUCUGGUAAUCAUCCGGCAUCCGCAGAUGCACACCGCCACCAACUACUACCUGUUCAGUUUGGCCGUGUCCGACUUGAUCCUGCUGCUUUUGGGUCUCCCGUACGAAAUCAGCCUCUACUGGCACCAGUACCCGUACAAUCUGGGCCUUGUGUUCUGCAAACUGCGCGCUCUCAUCUCGGAGGCCUCCACGUACGUGUCGGUGCUGACGAUAGUGGCCUUCUCGAUGGAACGCUUUCUGGCCAUCUGUCAUCCGUUGCACCUGUACACCAUGUCCGGGCUGCAGCGGCCGGUCCGCAUCAUCGCCGGGCUGUGGAUCGUCAGUCUCUUCAGUGCUGUGCCUUUCGCCGUGUUCACCGACAUCGACUACAUUCUCUACCCGCCGACGCAAGAGAAAAUCGAGGACUCAGCCUUCUGCGCGAUGCUGAGCAAUCCGGAAGGAAUUCCCCUGUGGGAACUGUCGACAUGCCUGUUCUUCGCCGGGCCAAUGGUGGUGAUGAUUGUUCUCUACGGCCGGAUGGGAAUGCAAAUCCGAUCCCGGACGCAACGGACCGAGGAACUAGGAGUGCGGAAUGGUUCCGUCAACGGUCCAUCACGAGUAUCCCAGUCGCGGAAAGCGAUCAUCCGGAUGUUAGCUGCCGUUGUGAUAACGUUCUUUGUUUGCUGGGCACCGUUCCACGCCCAGAGGUUGCUCUUCCUGUACGCACGGGACUGGCAACACUUCAACACGGUCAACACGUGGCUGUUUUCCGUCGCCGGAUGGCUGUACUACGUUUCGUGCACCGUCAACCCCAUCCUGUACAACGUGAUGUCCCAGCGGUAUCGGAUCGCCUUCCGGGAGACGCUGUGUGGCCGGCGGCGAGGCUUUGGCGCCAGCUUCGCACGGGAUCAAUCGAGCUUCCGGGAAACGAUGGUGGACGUGAACAAUCUGGGCUGCGAGAGCACCAAGCUGAUCCGGGUUCGAUCGAUGGUGCAGUGUAGCCGACGGUCCCGCUACAAAGGCGGGCUCCACGCGACCAACAGCGUACGGUACGGCGGAGAGAACUACAUCCGGCGAAACUCCCUGCAGAUGGGUGGCCACAUUCCGGGAAGCCGCUCGUCGCUCUCGCCCAACAUGCCAACCGACGUCGUGGUCAUGCUGGAAAACAAGCUGAGCGGUCGAGCACGUUGCUACACCACGUCGGCCUCAACGCUGACGACGUCGUCCACCACGACCACGAUGACCACCGUCACCACCGGCGGCGAAAACAUUCUCAAGGUACCCCUGAUAAGCAUCAACGGUGGCACGGGCUGCCUCAUAAACAAUGUAAAUAGCACCAACAACCACGGAACCACCCCCACCGCCAUCACCCUCACCGACAACAACGACAGCAGCAUUAGCAAGGAAAACAAUCUUUCCGACGCAUCUUCUCCUCCGGCGGCGGGCGACACGUCGUCUCGGGCCUCGACCAGCAGCCUGUCGUCGUCAAUCGAACUGGCAGCCAGCAAACAAUCGCCCCUUAUCCGGAACGACUUAUCCCCGUCUGACCGACCGAGCAGCAACGACUCCCAUCAAUAUCAGCAUCCGGCCACUCCAAAUCAGCAAUUAAUUAAUGGCUACGAAAGCGAUAAAAGCACCAGUCAAGGCAGUGUGAAGCGUGAAACGUGUAUUUAACAGCAACCGUCGUCAGCAUCAUCACCAGCACCAUCAGCGGCAUCGUCGCUACCGAAAGCGAUGACGCGGACGAUGGCCACAAGGGUGACCACGAUCCGCUUAGUUCCCAAAAGUGGAAAUCGGAGCGACCGGAGCGCGUUGAAGCUUUUCCUCCUGUCGAUGGUGGUUACGCGAUAGGAUUGUUUCAUCGACGUGACCAAUUUACCCAUAGUAAAAAUAGAAUUUGAAAUUUUCCUAAAGUUCAACAACCUUUGUUCGUUUAAUACCGUACAGUGGACCAUUUCUAUCAGAAUUAGAUUCAUCGAAUAACAAACAAUAAAUUGUUGAUAGGUUUCUAUUAACAAUGUGUCGUCGCUCUGAUUCUCAACAUACAAAGUCGAGAUCAUUCUUCUGCGCCACAGAUCGUCCUUAGCAUUCGUUGCUCGAAUAUUCCAAGUGCUAGGAGGCCCUUAUCGAGCAUGAUCAAAGUCUCAUGACCAUAGAUGGCAGCUUCUUCUGGGCCCAUAAUAAGAGUUUACACACGGUGUGUCUGGUAGAAGAAAUUUAUUACAAAAACAUAAGCAUCGCUAAUUUUUACGUUACGUGAAAGUUGACGCUUCUAGCUUUCAUUCAAGCCCAACAUCGAAAUAUUCCAUCGGGAGAACUUUUUCAUACAAAAAUUGGGUAUGUUUGUUAAGGACAAGGUAUUUGGAGUACAUAGCUCAAAUUUUAUAGAGCACCGUUUUUUGGAACUGUUGAACGAAUUUGGAUGAAAAAGCAUCACGCUGUUGAUAACCACUGAACAAUCAGCAUGAUGCAUUUUCGGCCAUAUCCGUUCAACGGUUCCAGAAAACGGUGCUCUAGAAAAUUUGAGCUAUGUACUCCAAAUACCUUGUCCUUAAGUAGAAAUAGGGAUUAAUUUGGAACCGUUCAUUUUGUAUGGGGAAAAACAGUAUUCUGAAAAAUUUGUUCGCGAUCCCUCGGUGGAUUUUUUUGAGGGACCGCGCAAAUGAAAGCUAAAAGCCUCUAUUUUCGAAUAGCGAAAAAUUUGACGAUGCCUAUUUUUUUUUGUUAUAAACCUUUCCCAUACACACGCCGUGUACAGCAUUUUAUAACUCGGUCAGCUAAUGGUCAUUUCUAGUUUAGAACCAUGCCCUGAGUUCGAAAACGUGAAAGGAAAAAAUUCAGAUCACGCCCAUCAUGCUCUUCGCGUUUCACGUUUCCUUGUACCUACGCACGGAUCAGAAGCAAACACCAACUUUGCAGGGUUGUUACCCGGCAUCCUUGCAACAUGGCUUCCCCACCGUUUCCGUAUUCCGACUUUCACCACCUGCUGGAUUCGCUGUAAAGUGCUGCGAGCUCGUGAUUCAUUCUUCUCCGCCAUACUUCUUUGUCCUGGACGGCGGCGAAUAUCGUCCUUUAGCACGCGUCGCUCGAAAACUCCGAGUGCUUGCAGAUCCUCCUAGAGCAUGCUCCAUCUCUUAUGUCCAUGGUGAACCAUCGGUCGGUUAUAUAGGGUGGGGCGGGGCAAGAUGGGUCGCGGGGCAAGAUGGGUCAGUGCAAUUUUCGGGCGCAUUACUCAUGUUUUGAUUAUGUUAAUAAUUUUGUUAGAUGACCAGCAUGAAUAUGCAAAAGUUUGGGGCAUUGAUUGAAAAAUUAUUCAUCCUCAUUGGAAAUGAAAAAUAAAAUGGUUUUUAGUCAUUUUUCUUAUGCGAUACAUCCCAUAUAAUCUCCAUAUAAACGGCCGCGGGGCAAGAUGGGUCACCUUCAAUUUUGAACGUAUUUUUGGAGCAUUCAAAAGUUAUUUAUUUUUUAUUACAAGACUAUCUCAUAACUGACUUCAAUCAAGCGGAAUGAACGCUUAAAAUUAUAACAUAAAAUUAUGAUAAUUUUUUAGUGAAAACAUCGAUUUUCAAGUCGCCUGAGGACCACUCGAAUCGUAAAGUUUUUUAUAUUCCAAAUAAAUUUAUAAAAUGUUUACUAGUAGCUCUUGUUUACUCAGUAUGGAUAUGAAGCAUAUAUGAAUGCGGAACAAAUCUUAUAUUUUGACGUUUUUCGUUGAGAAAAUGUGAAUUACCUAAAAGGUGACCCAUCUUGCCCCGCCCUUUUUUAACGGCGCAAAAUCGAUCACUUUUUAAAACUGCUUUUUUAACAUCAUAUUUUGUGUUUAAUAAACUUUUUAUCUACUUUUAGCAUAGCUAACUAGUGUAUUGAAGAGUAGCGGACGAAUACAAACCAAUACGAUUUGUAUUUACAAAGUUAUGGUGAUGCAUCCUUAGGUGACCCAUCUUGCCCCGCCCCACCCUAAGUGUUUUUUUAUAUGGUGCGGCACCCGUAGUAGGCACGACUUCCACCGAUGUUGCUUUCGAAUUUCACGGCUGACAUUGUUGCCAGCCGUUAGUAAGGAUCCAAGGUAAACUAAUUUUUUCCACCACCUCCCCGUCUAUCGUAACGGUGCUUCCUAGACGAAUCCUGUCAAGCUCAGUUCCAUAUACUAGCAAGUAGUAUGUUUUUACCUCAUUCUUCACCAGUUCGGCCUUUGCCGUUUCGCAUUUAGGGCGGGCGGGUGUACAGAUUUCGACUCACGUCACGAUUAUCACGAGGCCGUUGCGGAAUGCGUUGAGUUUCUGGUAGAACGUUCGUGUUUCUUGGGAAUGUCACAGAAAUCCCGUUUUCUCACAGACCAGACGGCGAUUCUUCUGCCGACGCUUCUGUUUGUAGAUUCCAUGUUCUACCUGGUUCCUUGCUGCAGCAUUACCGCCCGUGCUGCGUUCUUCCACCGACUUCGUUCCACGUACCGUCAAGGUGCCAUUCACCGUGGGGGGCUCCAUUCACCGUGUGCCUUCGAAUAUUUUUUUUCAUUAUUUCCAUAUUAUGAUUGAAUAAUAUGACAAUUUCCCUUCAAUUUCACCAAUACAACACUAAUGUAUUGUUGCCAUGUCAAAACGCUUAUUAGAAACAUUUAAAAGUAUCAUUUUGACACUAAAGUGUGUUUACAUGAAGCGGGUUUCUGUUCGUUCACUGCAUUCAUAGUGAAAAAACGAAAACUGCGCUAAGGUGAUUUAAGCGAUAAACUAUAUGUAGUAACGUUUUUAUUCCACCAAGAAGCAAUUAAAUUCACAUAUCAGGUAUGUAUUUUUUUGCAUUACCGAAGUAAAUUUAACAAGAAAGUACGAUUACUCGUACUUUUUAAUUGAAACAAAAAGGCACGGUAAAUGGGUAUCCUAAAAAUCAAUGGUCUCCAUUCACCGUGCCCCAUACUGUCCCAUAUAUCUAGAAAAAAUCGAAAAUUUGAACAUUCGUUUUUCUAAUAAAAUCUUGCAAGUUAUUACUUGAAAUGAACUUAAACGAAGAGAAUUCCCUUGGCUGGGUUGUUUUGAUCAUUUUUAAACAAAGUAGAAUAAAAUUUAUCAUACACGGUGAAUGGGUUCCUACUACCACGGUGAAUGGUGACCUACCACGGAAUUAGGCGACCCUACUACCCUUUACUAAUUGUACUAUAUCACCAAAUUUUGUGAAAAAUUUUCUACUUCUGUGGAUAUUGCUUUAGUUUUAACCUAUAAUGAAGGCAAUUAAAAGCUACACCAACAAUGUUUAUAAGACUGGUGUCAAAUGACAGCCCUCCCGGGUAGAGGUAAAAUACUGACGAUCAAAACAUGAUAUUGGUUUGAUUGAUAUAAGAGAUAAAAGAUCUGAAAAUAAUAUCUGAAAAAUGUUCCUGGAACAUCUGAACAAUAUCAAAAUUUGAUAUUUCAAGAUCAUAUAAAUAGCUCGCUGCUAUUUAUUAGAUCUUACAAAAUCUAAAUAUGAUUUGAUGAUGAUGCUCCAGGAGUAAAUUUUUGAUUUUAUUUUUAGAUCUUUUAUCUCUUAUGUCAAUCAAACCCAUAUCACUUUUUGAUCUCUAUAUCAAAAUAUGCUAUUAUUGAGCUCUUUUCCUCUACUCGGGCUUAUUUGCCCCGAAUCCUCUUAGAUCCACGGUGAAUGGUGCCUUGACGGUACUCGUUGGGGAUCUCCGCUGCGCCGUUGAUCUGUAUUCCAGCAGUCCUCUAGAGAAGUCAAAUCGAGCUUGUCCUCGUCUAGCAAUGUUGCCUCGAGAUUCCGCGCGUAUCCUGGAGCUUCAUCCGGUGGCUUCAAUCGCUCUAGGUAGUACCGUGGCGGAGACCGGUAGUCUCAACCAUCAUCAGGUAGUGGUUGGAGUCGAUGUUAGCGCCACGAUAGGCCCUGACGUUGAUAAUGUCGUAGAAGUGCCAUCCAUGAAUGAGAACGAUUUGGAACCGUCUGUUGUGGUGAUCUCUAUGUGUUGAAAAAAGAUGCUAGGCCAUGUUCUAGUACACGGGUUCCCAACCGGUGGUCCGCGGCCCCCUGAGGGGCCGUGGAGCCAGUCUAGGGGGGCCGCGAUGUUACCAAACAAAAUGUUAAAUUUUUAUUCUAUUUUGUGCAAAUUAUACCAAUUUCUAAUUUUGUAUACCACCACCCCCAAAAGCCACAAUUUGAGGAAUAAAUUUUCAGUAUAAAACGCCUUGAGAAGAAAAAAUUUUCGGCUGCGCCGCUAUUUUUCAGCUACGGCUUAAAUUGAAUGUACAUGACAUCAUGGGACACAGUAAUUUUCCGACUACGUCACUGUACCCAAAAAACUCGGUUUCGUUCAUUUAAUUCAUAUUUUUUUCUAAACAUUUUCAUUGGGCCGCAGAUUUUUUGUCAAUUCUUAAAGGGGGUCGCCAACUCAAAAAGGUUGGGAACCCCUGUUCUAGUAGGUAGGCGAUGAAAUCGAUGAGUAGACCGUUUUCGUCCGUCAGUUGGUGGGCGCUGAACUUUCCAAUCUUACCGGUAGACUUGAGCAUUUAGGUCUCCUAUAAUGACCGUGGCUGGUGCAGCGGUCGUACUCGCGUUCAAGCGAACUCGCGUAGAGCUCGUCCUUGUCAAUCAGAGCUUCCAGAGUAAGGACUGUGUAUUAUAGCUGUUGACUUUUCAUCAAAUUCUUGUCCUCCAUUAUUUUCAUCUAGGUAUUCAGCUCAAUUUACUCAGGCUCUACCAAUUUGUUGUGCUCUUAUUAUCCUUUACAUGCCUGACGUAUUUGAGCACUCAUUUUUUGAUGUUCAUUCGGCUCCGAAUUCGAUGGAAAUGUACCGGUUGGUCAAGUUGGAUGGCCGGAUUCGGAUUUAUACGGGAACCCAGUGGGGUACGUCGGUUGGCCAAAUGAGACAUUUUUGUAGUUUUUUUUUACAGAUCUUAUAAAAAAACAUAAGUUUUUUCAUCUGAAUCAUAAAAUAUUCAUUAGUAUGGGACCCGCUUGUAUGGAAAAAAUAAAUCCUCGCUCCAGUCGACUUUUUCGAUCCCAUUUAGGUCCCAUAUGAACUGUACAAAAUUUCAGCGCAAUCGGUGAAACUAUAAUUUAGCGCAAGCGGUUCAAAGUUUGCAUAGGAUUUACUAUGGGAAAAGUUACACUUUCAAUCAAAAAAUCCCAGAGGUCGCCCUUUGUCUCCUUAAUUCAAAUCGAUCAACG